AUGAACCACCUCCAAUCCCAAAACAAGAAUUCCCACUAAAUUGCACAACAUGGAACCAAUCCUGUCCGGCUCACUACUAUCCUACCAAUUACACCUCGAUCAAUCUGGACCGACCAUCAAACUCCACAUGCCCGUCGUACUUCCAGUGGAUCCACGAAGAUCUACGGCCGUGGAAAGAGACCGGAAUUACCAAAGACAUGAUUGAUCGAUCUCCCGCGGACUUCAAGUUAGUGAUUGUAAACGGAAGAGCGUACCUUAAGAAAUUUAGGUCUUCAUUUCAGACCAGAGAUAUGUUCACCUGGUGGGGAAUACUUCAACUUUUAAGAUUUUAUCCAGGAAGAUUGCCAGAUUUGGAGUUGAUGUUCGGCUGCGGAGACCGCCCGCUUGUUCGAACUGGUGAUUUUCAAGGACCCAAUGCAACCACACCACCACCUUUGUUUAGUUACUGUAGAGAUGACUACACGAUGGAUAUACUCUUUCCAGAUUGGACGUUUUGGGGAUGGGCGGAGGUGAAUAUAAAGCCAUGGACAAAUAUAUUGAAGGACAUAACUGAAGGUAGCAGGAAUAGAGUGGAAGAACAGGCUACCUAUGCUUACUGGAAAGGCAACCCAAACACAAAUAGGAAAGAUCUUAUGAAAUGCAAUGUUGAUAACAAAAAUGACUGGGAGACACGUCUUUUCGUUCAGGAUUGGAAAAAAGAAACUAGAGGAGGGUUUAAGCAUUCUAGACUGGAAGAUCAAUGCACGUACAGAUACAAAAUAUAUAUAGAAGGAUGGGGAUGGUCUGUCAGCGAGAAAUACAUACUAGCUUGUGACUCAAUGAGUUUAUUCGUAAAGUCUCAUUUCUACGACUUCUACACCAGAGGGUUGAUGCCAUUGCAACAUUAUUGGCCCAUUAGGGCCAGUAACAAGUGCCCUUCUCUCAAAUUUGCUGUUGAAUGGGGAAACAAUCACACCCAACAGGCACAAGCCAUUGGAAAAGCUGCUGUAAAAUUCUUAGAGGAGGAUUUGAAGAUGGAAUAUGUGUAUGAUUACAUGCUCCAUCUGUUAACAGAGUACUCUAAGCUCCUGAAAUUCAAACCCAGUGUACCAGAAGACGCAGUGGAGUUAUGUGCGGAGAGCAUGGCAUGCCCUGCAAAUGGUCCAUGGAGGACGUUCAUGGAGGAGUCGAUGGUGGUGUCCCCGAGCGAGAUGGGUCCUUGCACCAUGAUGCCACCUAUGGGACCUGAAGCUUUACAAGAAAUUAUGAAGAUGAAGGCUAGUAUCACUCGAGAAGUAGAGUUGUGGGAGGAUGAAUAUUGGCAUCAUAGAUAG